AUGCGCACAUUAGCCUGGUUUUCGCCCGUGAUGAAAUUUCAGUCACAUGUGGCGCCCGCCCCGCGUAUCGAUUCGAUCCUCGGCCACACCACCACCUCUCACCACCUUGUCGUACGUCCGGGCCGGGACGAGGGUCGAAGUGCCGUCGCAAGAUCCACCAACGUCGGUCGAUCGUGUCGGCCAGUGGCAGAGGAGGAGGGACUGCGAUUAAGUGCCGCCGCUGAGUGCUUGACAACGUCGAACGGUCGAUUAUCCGGCUUUGGUAUUUACUUAGCGGCGCAUAAGCCGGCGUUUAACUCGAGUGGUGUGUUCGACCACAUUCGGGUCGGAUCGUCAUUUGGACGAGCAGCCAUUUGA